AUGCCCCUCCUCAAUGUGGGCUCCGCUCUACUGGUGCUGCUCCUGAUACUUCCGCAAGUGCAUGCCUUCGGAGCAGGAAACAUCGCCUCUAUCUCGACAGUCGAAGGCAAGAACUGGCGCCAUGGUGAUAUCGAAGAUGUCCUCAAGACGCUGGCUUUCAUCUCCGGCCAUAAAUGGACUUCUACCAUGAUCAAGCGUGUGUACUUCGGUAACUGGCUCCGCGAUUACUCGCAGGCAAUGGAUGUCGGCACCCUGAAGAAUCUGCCCGCCGAUUCUAUCCGCAUUCUCGUGUGGGUCCUCUCGUUCCUGAGUUUCGGCUAUGCCACUGCUGAAUUCGAGGUCACCUCCGAACGCUUGGGCGUCUACCGUCCCGAGGAACAUAUUGAUAAUCCUAAGGACUAUGCCGAUAAUGAAGACGCCCGCCAAUAUGACAAGCGGUUGCGCCCGCCCGUCCGGGCCGUCGAGCUCGAAAUCGACCCCAAGACCGGUAUGAAGAACUACAUCGCCAAUGAGAGAGGUGACUGGGCCACUAGUUCCGCCUAUAUCAAGUACAGCCUUGGCCGCAGUAUUCACUAUGGACGCACCUAUACCAAUGGCGGACACCAGAAGGGCAAGGAGGAGGACCUGUGCGAAGCUCUCCGUUGCUUAGGCCAAGGAUUGCACACACUGGAGGAUUUUGCCGCUCACACCAACUAUGUUGAGUUGGUGCUGCGCGAGAUGGGUUUCAAAAACGUGUUCCCGCACACGGGCACGGCCACCGAAAUGAACAUCCAAGGACACCGCGCUUUCCCGCUUAUCACAGGAACAUUUGGUAUGGUUGAUUUCUUCCACUCCGUCCUAGGAGAAGCAAAUGAUCAUUUUACCCAAUCUGAGGUCAACGAGAUGGACAUUGCGCUUGGCGAUGCCGAAACCAACGCUCAGUCAAACAACUCCCUCAAUGCUUUGACUGGUUUGUUGGGCAAGAUCCCGGGCACCAAGGAUCUCGUCAGGGAGGCUGAGGGUCUGCAGAGAUCUUCAGAAGCACAGAACUCGGCCAAUCUGAGCCGCGGCCUUGACUCGGGUUAUGCGCACACUGGCUCCAAUCAUCAGGAGCGUUCUCGUGCCGGACCAACCCAAUCUUCGGGCGGCGGUUCCAAGCUGCCUGAUUUCAAUCCCCAGGAAACAAUCGCCAAAAUCUAUCCGAUACUGGCCUUCCGGGAUAAGGUUAUGCGGAGCUUGAGCUCGAUCAUUGAGAAGAUUCCGGGUUUGGAGUCACUCGUUGAGAAGGUCUCCGAGACUCUGACCAUUGUCAUCAUGUCGCUUCUAGCACCUUUCAUUCGGCCUCUGAUCAAGGCUGCCUCCAACUCUCUGCAGACUGGAUCAGCAGGUGUUAUUGAUGCCUCUGGCAAGCACCAGUACGAGCCAUGGACCGAUCCUCACUGCACAGACCCCACCCACUCCCUGCUCUCAAAGGACCACUUUGCCAACAUUCUGAAUGAGCCGGCAGGACGGGUCGCCUCUGCAAUCGUGGAGUACGUUGCGCCUCGUAUCCUGUACGCCUGGCAACACCCUGAUGUGUCCGAGAAGGAAGUUCUUGAUGACUGCAUGCAAGUCUUCCACCACCCGGCGCUGCGCAACAUGCGCAACGAUGCCCACCGUACAAUGUUCGAGGCAGUUGAGAAGUGGGCCCGCGCUCGCCCAGACCGUGGCGCUUCCCUGGAUUCCAUUCUCAGUUCCGAGGGCGUGAGAAGCGGCCGUAACACUGGCGGAGUGAGUCACACUCACGGCGGAAGUCACGGCGGAUUCCCAGCAUUGGGCGGUACUGGUCUCGGCCAAAAGCAGACCCACGGGCAAUCAUCUGGUGGGCAUUCAGCGGCCAGCCACUCAUACCGCCCUCAACAGAGCAGCCAGCAGAGCCAGCAGCAGCAAUCAAGCAGCUCCUCUGGCAUGCCUUGGGAUAAGCUUUCCAGCCUCCCCAUUCCGGGCAUCUCUAAUUUGAGCAAGCUUGAGAGCAAGUUCUCAAACCUUCUUUCUGGCGGUUUAUCAAACGACGAAAAGCCCCAGCAGACUCAACACAGCUCAUACCAGAGUCACCAGGGCGGAGGUAGUCACCACGCCUCGCACCCUCCUACCCAGUCGUACGGCGGUUACAGCCAGCCUCAGCAUGCUCCUCAGCAGGAGCACGGCUAUCAAAGCCAUGGACACCAACAAGGACACCAACAACAGCAUUUCGGAGGCUCCCAGAACGCCCCAGGUUAUGGGCAGCAGCAGGGCCACUUUGGUGGCCCGUCACCAUAUGGUGGCCAUAAUCAACAUCAUCACGGCUCUCACCAGGGGCCUCCUGGUGGGUAUGGUCAAGGACCUAGUGGUCACGGCAAUGCGCAUGGGUACGGUUAUUGA